AUGGCAACACUAGUCUUUAUUGAUCAGGAAAAUGGUGAAGUUGGUGCUACUAAGAAUCAGAUGAAACUCCCUUCAGGAUCCUCAAAAGUCUUAUCUGAAAGAAUGCAAGUUAACACUCCGCUUCCUAAAAAGACAAUCAGUACCCCUUCAGCCAUGCCUUGCUCUGUCAGAAAGGCUCUUGGAAAUGUGAAUAGAACUGAAGGAGUCACAAGCAAGAAGGAAAAGAUAAGGGAGAAAAAUCAGCCUUGCUCUGCAAAGAAAAUAACUGAAAAGACUGCUGGAUUAGAAAGCUGUGAUGCAGUGGCUGAAGAAGACUGGCCAGAAAUAGAAAACAUGUUUUCUUAUGAUCCUCGAACCUUUGAAAGUUUUGAUCUUCCUGAAGAGGACAAAGUGAGCAAUAUCAAUCUGCAUGGUGUUCCUCUCAUGGUAUUUGGAAGGACAUAUGACAGAUACGUGAACAUGGUUCCUUCACCCAUGAAGAUUGAAGAGAUUUCAUGGGAGUCUAACUUGCUACAAUCAACAGACUUCCUUGCUACCCUGGAUGAGAUCAUUGACAUGCCACCUCCCAAUUAUGACCCUGAAUGUGUAUUCUGA